UUGUACUACUCACUGAAAAUGCGAUAACUAUUACUAAAGUGCGCCAUUCUUUUAAAACAACUCGCAUAAACUUAUUGUCUCACGUUUUCGAGUAAUUAAUAAAAGCAGUGUUUCACGUUUUGCGCGAACUCAUUAUAAACAUUUAUAUUUCGUCAUAAAAUGUCACGUACUGCGAGUCGUAUUUACGUUGGAAAUUUACCCCCGGACAUACGAACAAAGGAUGUCCAGGAUUUAUUUCAUAAAUUUGGCAAAGUAGCGUUUGUCGACUUGAAGAAUAGGCGUGGUCCUCCAUUCGCAUUUGUCGAAUUUGAAGAUCCCCGGGAUGCAGAAGAUGCAGUGAAAGCUCGAGAUGGAUAUGAUUAUGACGGCUAUAAACUGCGUGUUGAAUUUCCAAGAGGUGGUGGACCAGGCAGUUUCAGAGGUAAUCGUAAUGAUCGAAACCGAAACGAUGGUGGUCGUGGAGGAGGCGGUGGUGGUCGCGGUCCACCCACCAAACGGUCGCAAUACCGAGUAAUGGUAACAGGAUUGCCAUCGUCCGGUUCCUGGCAGGAUUUGAAGGAUCAUAUGCGUGAAGCUGGCGAUGUUUGCUUUGCGGAUGCUUAUAAGGACGGUACUGGCGUUGUUGAGUUUUUGAGGCAAGAAGAUAUGAAAUAUGCCAUCAAAAAAUUAGAUGAUUCUCGUUUUAGAUCUCAUGAAGGAGAAGUCUCAUACAUACGAGUGCGAGAAGAUUCCGGAGAUGGAGACCGUGGUAGUCGUGACCGCCGGGGUGAUAGAUCCCGAUCUUUUUCACCACGUGGUCGUCGUCGCGGAUCUCCUACAUAUUCCCCAGUUCGGCGAUCAUAUUCCAGGUCAAGGUCGCGUUCUCGAUCAAACUUCUAGUUUUAAAAAAGAAAAAAGAGCUAUUAAUAAAAAAAAUCACAUCGCAACAUUACCAUGUGUCGAGCGCAUAUAUCAAGGAUUUUUUUUUUAUCGCAACGUCUCAUGUCAGAUGAUUUAGAACUCCACUUUCGGAAAGCUUUAAAAUCUUUGCAAAUUGGAGUGUAAUCUUCAGGGAAUACACAUAUUUUAAGGCAAGCGUUUUUUUUUUUGCCAAAACAUUUCAUUUGAAAUAAUUGAUUUAAAAAGUUUACAGCUAUUGAAUAAUUUGCGACUGCUCUUAGUACAAUAUUCAAAGAAUAAGAAGCUUCAAAUAUUAAAUUAUGCAUCUCCCAUAAAAUAACUAAUUUGCGCAUAUUUCAUAUGAAAAUAAAUUCCAUUUUUUUAUAUUAAUAAAAUAUUUUAAUUUUCUUUCCGCUCUAUUCACGGAAAUUGGAAUGGAUGGAAUGGAAUGGAGUUAUUAAGGAUUUCGAUGGAUUCAGAAUAUUUGGAUUAAUAAUGGAAAUUUAAAAACGGAUUACAAUAAGUUAUAAACAGACGAUGAUAAUCAUUAAAAAAGACUUCAGUUAGCCAAAUAUGCAAAGGAAAAAAAAUAUGACAGGGAUUCUAAUUUACGUGAAUAUAUAUAUGAGAAUAAUAGGCGAAACCUAAUUCUCUGAAACAAAUGGAAGCGUUGAUUGGCACAGAAUUUGUUAAUCAUACAUUUGGAAUAGGAUUAAUUUGCGACUUCACGUAAGAAAAUAAGUUUUUACAUUUCACACUCAAUUGUGUAAAUCUUUAUUUGAGCAGUUAUUUUUCGAUUCCUGCGUACUUUUUUCUUUUGUUAUGGACUUUCAAAAAAACUGUCUGCGGCACAUUAUUAAGUUAAUUAGUUAUUACCAGAUUUCAAGGAUUACAGACUUGUGGAUCAUAUCGGUAAAUAUUGACAUUGAUUGCAAAGCCUUACACAUCCUUCAUUAACAGUACUGAUUAACACUUUAAUGAAAUUCCUAAGAGUGUAUCUAAAAAUUUCCAAUAAAGCAAAUAAUCUGAAAGAUUGCAUAAUUGAAA